GCCGGGCCCAGGCCGGGAGCCGGAGCCGGAGCCGGAGGGGGCUUCGUCCCUCGGUCUGCGAGAGGGAGGCUCGCAGCCUGUGGCACGCCAGCCCCGUCUGAUCUGCGAGGAAACUGAGGGCGAGGCUCAGGAGAGGUGCAGUGAGACGUCCCAUCCAGCUUGGUCUUCUGAUGUGCCCUUGAUGUCACACGGGUGUCCUGUAAGCCAGGACUUCUGCCUGCCCCACAGCGGCGCCUCUAGCCGGUGCACUGGAGUCCCCCAGAGGCCAAGGAACCAGGUGGUCAGGGGAGUGUGAGCACUGCGUUCUAGCGCCCAGGAAGACAGAAUGGGCUGAACUGGAACCAAGUUGGAAGUCAGCAGAAGCAGAGCCGAGGAUACCAUUCGCCCAUGGGAUGUUCGGGGCAUGCCGAGAACACGAAGGAGAGAUUUCGGUUGGUCAGGCUUAGCCCAUGACGAGCGCGCAGCAUGUGCCCGCCCGCCGCCGAGGCGCGCCGACCAUGAGCCCCGACUCCUCCCUCGGCCACAGGAAGGCGCCGAGCAACCUGACGGCGGCAGAGGGCAGCCCGGGGGGCGUCGUGGUCCCUGAGUUCGUGGCCAUCGUGCUCAUCACCGUACUGGUCUGCCUGGGCAACCUGGUCGUCGUGGUCACCCUGUACCGCCGCUCCCACCUGCUCACCCUCAGCAACAAGUUCGUCUUCAGCCUGACGCUGUCCAACCUCCUGCUGUCCCUGCUGGUGCUGCCCUUCGUGGUGACCAGCGCCGCGCGCAAGGAGUGGGUCUUCGGCGUGGUCUGGUGCAACUUCUCGGCCCUGCUCUACCUGCUCAUCAGCGCGGCCAGCAUGCUCACCCUCGGGGUCAUCGCCGUGGACCGCUACUACGCUGUCCUGUACCCGAUGCUGUACCCCGUGAAGAUCACCGGGAACCGGGCCCUCCUGGCUCUGGUCUACAUCUGGCUGCACUCCCUGGUGGGCUGCCUGCCGCCCCUGUUCGGCUGGUCCUCGGUGGAGUUCGACGAGUUCAAGUGGAUGUGCGUGGCGGCCUGGCACCGUGAGCCCGGCUACACGGCCUUCUGGCAGAUCUGGUGCGCGCUGCUCCCCUUCCUGGUCAUGCUGGUGUGCUACGGCUUCAUCUUCCGCGUGGCCAGGGUGAAGGCGCGCAAGGUGCACUGCGGCACCGUGGUCAUCCCGGAGGAGGAGGCCCGGCGGGCGGGCAGGAAGAACUCGAGCACCUCCACCUCCUCGGCCGGCAGCAGGAGGCACGCGCUCCAGGGGGUGGUGUACUCGGCCAACCAGUGCAAGGCCCUCAUCACCAUCCUGGUGGUCAUCGGCGCCUUCACGGUCACCUGGGGCCCCUACAUGGUGGUCAUCACCGCCGAGGCCCUCUGGGGCAAGAACUACGUCUCCCCGGCCCUGGAGACCUGGGCCACCUGGCUGUCCUUCAGCAGCGCCAUCUGCCACCCCCUCAUCUACGGGCUGUGGAACAAGACGGUGUGCAAGGAGCUGCUGGGCAUGUGCUGUGGGGACCGGCGCUACGGCGAGCCGGCACGGCGCCCGCGGACCUCGCGGCUCUUCAGCAUCUCCAACCGGAUCACAGACCUGGGCCUGUCCCCGCACCUCACGGCGCUCAUGGCUGGGGGCCAGCCGCUGGGCCACAGCAGCAGCACCGGGGACACAGGCUUCAGCUGCUCCCAGGACUCAGGGACCGACGUGGUGCUGCUGGAGGACCACACGGAGGACAGCGCCCCCUCCCACUGCACGUGCCCGCCCAGGAGGAGGAGCUCCGUGACAUUCGAGGACGAAGUGGAGCAGAGCAAAGAGGCUGCCAGGACCUCUCUCCUCCACGUGAAGGCCGAAGUCCACAAGUCCCUGGACAGCUAUGCAGCCAGCCUGGCCAAGGCCAUCGAGGCCGAAGCGAAGAUCAACUUAUUUGGAGAGGAGGCCUUGCCGGGGGUCUUGGGGGCCACGCGCGCCAUCCUGGGGGCUGGGGCUGGGCCUGGGGGCCGCCGUGGCAGCAGGAGGGCCCCGGAUGCAGAGGGACACCGGCUAGGGGCUUCGCCCGGCUACCUGUCCAGGGCGGUCCUGCAGGCAGAGGCUAGCCGCCUUGCGGGGGACGCCCUCUCCCCACCGGCUGCGACAGCUGCUGUGGGCACCUGA